AUGGGCUUGGCCAAAAGCGUCCCAGUCACUCCCGCGCGGCCGCCGCUGCACAACAAGCAUCUGGCUCGAGUAGCAGACCCUCGUUCACCUAGUGCCGGCAUCUUGCGUACUCCCAUUCAGGUGGAGAGCUCUCCACAGCCAAGCCUAUCAUCAGAGAAACAGUUGGAGGAUCCUAAUCAGUGCCAGGACUCAGAUCCUCGCUCUCCUACCCUUGGCAUUGCCCGGACACCUAUGAAGACCAGCACCAGUGAACCUCCAAGCCCACUGGUGAAGCAGCUGAGUGAAGAAUUUGACACCGAAGCCCCCAAAUCAAAUCCUCCCCCAGAGCCUGUUCUGCCCUUGGAGACACCUUCAUCUUGUGAACUGGACUUGCCUUUGGAUACCCAUUUAUCCCUUGAGGACCAGAUACCACCUCUGAGCCAAACUGAGCUCCCCUUCAAAGAGGUCUUCUCCAAGGAGGAAGCAGGACAAUCCACAGAAAGCCCUGUGGCCAGCCAGGGCUCAGACAAGCUCUUGAUAGAUCCUGAAACUCCCCGAUCUUCAGGUUCUAAACGUAAUAGACGGAAGCCAAAUGGCAAGGUACUAGGGAGAUCCCCCCUCACCAUCCUGCAGGCUGACAACUCCCCUGGGACCCUGACAUCACGCCAGGGUAAACGGCCUUCUCCCCUGAGUGAAAAUGUUAGGGAACGAAAAGAAGGGGCUGUCCUGGGAACUGGACGACUUCUGAAAACUGGAGGACAAGGAUGGGAGCAAGGACAGGACCAUGACAAGGAAAACCAGCACUUUCCCAUGGUAGAGAACUAG